GACGUUGAGGCUUGUUGUGUUCCCAGCGUCCGCCAUUUUACAGUCGCCAUUGAAAGGUGAAAAUCCUCCUAAAUGUUACUCCAAUUGUUAACAAAUUAAAAUACCCAAAAUAAUAAGUUAAUAAUCAACCGUAGGUGAUCGUCUACCUGGUGCAGUCACAUUGUUUAUGUACGUCAUCUCAGAAUCACUGGAUUUUAGUGAUUAUCCGUGGAUAUGUCUCGGUGAUGAUGUGAUAAAUACGUGGGGGGAAUAAUGUGAAGUUUCAACGGUGAAGAAAUAAUCGUGACUAUUUCCCAUCGUUGGGUUGCUAUUGUUUGUGGUGAUAAGUGGUGAUUGUUAUUGAAGGGUUAUUUGAGGGGUGAUUGAGAUCCUGUUGUUGGUGAGAUAAAUUAACAUCGUUCUGGUACGAUGGAGAAGCCAUGACGCACCCGUCGCAUCAGACUAACGGCGCCAGCUUGGAGGACUGCCACACGAAUUUCUUCGCACUGACCGACCUCUGUGGGAUAAAAUGGCGAAAGCUCGUGUGGGGGGAGAUGACAGGUGGCUUUGGGGGUACCCCCCUUGAGGAUCCAGUUCUAUCGAGUUUCUCCAGGUGUCUAGCUGGUGAUAUACUCUGCGUAUGGCGACGAGUUGCUGCAACACCACCCUCGACAUCUGGAGGCGGUGGUAUAUUCGAUAUUGGUAUUGCCCCGUCACCAGCACCACCACCCCUGUCACUGACCGCUGCCAAGGAACUCUGGAUAUUCUGGUACGGCGAGGAACCCGAUUUGUCUGGUAUCGUGUCGCAGGAGCUCAUCGCCUGUGAGAGUGAACAAGGAUCUUGGGAGAGUGGUCUGUCGUACGAGUGUCGUUCCCUUCUGUUCAAAGCACUGCAUAAUUUAAUAGAGCGAUGUCUUCUAUCCCGUGACUUUGUACGCCUCGGCAAAUGGUUUGUCCAGCCGUACGACGGCUUCGAGAAACACCGCUGCAACAGCAGCCACCUGUCGUUCUCGUUUGCAUUCUUCGUGCAUGGUGAGAGUACAGUAUGUGCUAGUGUUGAUGUUAGACAGCAUCCAGCCGUUAGACAUCUUACACGAACAUGUUUGCAGCGAACUCAGACGUCGCAGAAUGGUGUCAAGGUGAUCCUAGCACCUCACGGCCUCGCUGGCACCCUGACCGGUCAAGUGGGACGAGUUGACACUCAACUACUCGAGGAAUGGAAGAACUUUUACCCAAUGAAUGGCAAUAACGUUGAGUCUGGUCUUCCUCCACUCGUUGAAGUACUCGUCGGUGGUGUUAGGAUGCGUUAUCCAUCGUGUUAUGUUCUCGUUACUGAUAUGGAUGAUUUACCAACGGAACUACCGCUAUCACCACCAUACAGUCCAGCAACAGCAACUUACGAGCAUCCAAAUUCAAUUCAACGUGACUCUAAGGCUUCCACUGAAUUGCCUGAACGCGUCUGGGCCGAGUGCACACUUGGCUCACCAUUUUCUUCCAAGAGCAAUGAUUCAUCUUCCCCGGAGCUCGGUACCUGGACAUUCGUCGAUGCAACUCAAAAGUCUUCCUGCACCUGCACCAAGUGCACGACCCCCGGGGGUUGGAAGGGCAUCGCCUCCACUCAGGUUCAGAGGGAAAGAGUUGAUAAAGGUGGAAGGAGGGUCGUGCCGUUUCAUCGACGCCCUACCACCCAGUGGGAUGCUUCUUGCCCCUCUGUCCCUGCAAAUGCCCCCAGGUCGACACUUAAUCGAAGUACGGAUGCACCAAGUACACCACCAGGUGGUCCUCCCUCGUACUCGCGUGGUCCACCAACAGGGGGUGAUUGUCCCCCAGUACCUUCGGUGGGUUCGCCAAGCUCACCAGCGCCAUCGCCACUUCCAACGCCUCAUUCAGAGCCGGCAUCGGUGCCACCGUCGGCCGAUCCAACAAUGCCAACACUCAGUCCACAACCACCGCCAAGUCACUCAAAUACUGCCCCACCGUUGACCCCAUCCCAGGGUCCAAAAUCCACUUCAUCAGCAUGCUGCAAUAAUAAUCAAAUGCCAAGCCCAGCGCCGGGACCAACGCUUAAACGACCAAUACUAGCGUCCAGGGAAUACGAGGGGGCACUUCUCGAUGAUGAGCAGCCAUUAUCGUGGCUGUACGAUUACUCCACCCAAGAGGCAUGGCUCAAUCAUCCUGUUAAACGAUUCAAGGAGGAUGGAUAUAAUCCAUCUACUGGGCCCAAUAAUCAUCGAUCCAGUAGUCUCUAUCCACCUGUCAAUAAUCAAAUUAAUCAACAGGCACCUAAAUUAGAAAUCAAGCAGGAGCCUGGACUGAAUACCGGUGAAUGCACGGGUAGGAACGAUCCCUACGAUUUUGAUCCCUCUGGCGAUGAUAAUGGUGCAAAUGGGAGUAGUGAUGCACUCCGUCGUCAACGGGACGAGCCUAAGCCGGGCUCACUCUUCACGUCAGAGGGCCUGCAGGCCUCCUUCAAGGAUCUCGAGCAGAUAUUCGAUAAUUCCGAUCCUGACACCUCCAGCGACGAGACAAAUCUCAAUCAGCUUCAAGUGCAAACACCACCGGGAUCCAAUAAAUCGGGUGGAGUUCACGAGGAGACACGUCUCGAUGGCACAACAAAGCACAACAGUCGAGGUGUGGGUGUUCUCCGUCCUGAGGAGCUCUCCAAGAUGUUUCCAACUCCACCAUCACUGGAGCACAAUCCAGUGGCAUCACCCUGUCAAUUGAGUGACGCACCGAUGGACCAGACGGAGCUGUCCCUCUCCCGUCCCCUCCGUCAAGUACCCGACAUCUAUCCUAACAUGGGAUCACCACCCGAGGAGCCGAUAGACGACUGGUCGUACGUCUUUAAGCCAUCCCUCAUAUGCAAACUCGUUGGCUCCUCCAAGUACGCACCACUCACCAAUUUACCGAGUCAAUCCCUACCUCCCGUGACACUGCCAUCCCACUGCUUCUAUCGACCAUCCUGGCAGUGCAAUCAAACCACCAACAGCCAGGAUAAAUCCACAAAUCAGUCGACGAGAACAUCUCAAGCCCCCAACCGCUCGCAAACCCCACAAUCCCAGCCUCAACCACAAGUACCAACCCCCCAGCAAAUCUGUCCUCCAUCUCCAGCACCAGCAGUUGCACCCUAUCGGCCAGGAAGACCACCACCUCCACCCUAUGAUCAACCAAGUCCCGCCACCUCAACCUCAUCCUAUCUCAAUAAAAAUCUCAACUCCAUGGAGGCCGAUACACCAGGACCAACUCGGGCACCAGAAUCAAAUUCCCUAAUUGUCAAUAUUCUUCUGGGUGACACUGCCCUAAAUAUCUUCAGGGAUCACAAUUUCGAUAGCUGCAGCUUGUGCGUAUGCAAUGCUGGACCAAAAGUCGUUGGUAAUAUUAAGGGGGCUGAUGCUGGGGUUUAUCUGGCUGGCUCCUGGACUGGCAAUGGAUUAUUCCACGAGGACGAUCAGAUACGGUGCAGCUGUGGCUUCAGCGCUGUUGUCAAUAGACGUCUUGCACACCAGGCUGGCCUCUUCUACGAGGACGAGAUGGAGAUAACUGGAAUAGCCGAUGAUCCGGCUGAAAAGAAAAAGGGCUCGCUGAUGGCUGUCAAUGGUGGUGGAAAAACCGAGGGUCUCGAUGUUAUUCCCUCUGGAGUGUUGGAGCUACUUAGGGAGCAGUGCGCCAUCGUUCAGAGCUCGGUGAGCAGUCUUUACAGGGCUGCCAAGGUAUAUGCUGGAUCGCGUAAUAGCGGUGUAACACAGCCCAGUUUAAAUACCCUAGAGUACAAUGAUGGUAACGAGGUAUCACUGGCUGCCCUCGAACAGGGAAAACUCGUGGAUGGGGGACAAAUGGAGAGGGGUAGAAUUAGUGGGGUGCACAGAUGGGGCUUUAUCAGGGCUAGGGGUCCUCAGUGCACUGGGGAUAUUGUCAGAAUGAUGAGGGCACUCCAGCCACUUCUCCAGGAAGCCGUUCAGAAAAAAUGCACAACGAGAAUGUGGGAGGCACCGUACACUGUUGCUGGACCAUUAACCUGGAGACAGUUUCAUCGAUUAGCUGGGAGGGGUACUGACGAUCGAUGCGAACCCCAGCCAAUACCAGCCCUCGUUGUUGGAUACGACAGGGACUGGCUAUCACUCUCACCUUAUGCAUUAAACUACUGGGAGAAACUUCUUCUCGAGCCCUAUGCAGGCCCCAGAGACGUUGCCUAUGUUGUUUUAACUCCAGACAACGACUCUGUCAUCACUAAAGUCAAAUAUUUCUUCAGGGAAUUAUCGACGACGUACGAGAUCUGCAGGCUAGGCAAACACACAGCCAUCACUAAAGCCUCUAGAGAUGGUAUUAUCAAGGUGGGGAAGAACUCCUGUCAAAAAUUUGCCAAACAACCAAUUGACGAGUGGUUUAAACUACUUGGGGAGAAUCAGCUGGGCGAGCAGCUGAGGCUCUACGCACAAAUUUGCUCCCAUCGACUUGGACCUUAUCUCACUCAGGUUAUUCAGGACCGAAGUCUUCUCGAUCCAGCUGAUUCACCAACUAAACAGCAGAAUCAAUCACAACCACCGUCAGUACCACCUCCUGAAUCCAUGCCAGCUACACCUGAUGGUGCUGUGGUCAAACAAGAGCCUGGGGAUAAUGAAACUGCUAGAAGUGAAACACCAUCGAACACUCCUAACAAUUCAGUCGGCAAUACCACUCCAACCAACUCACAAACAUCUCCAGGUAAUAAUGGAAGCAAUUCUCAGGGAUCUGGUGCCAAUACAACAGCAUCAACGACUAUUGGACCCGAUGAGGAUGAAAUCGAGCCACCAGCUGUUGUCGUUUACAUCGUCGAGCCAUUCUCCCUGGGUGGACCUGAGAAUCCUGAUCGCAGAAGACUAGCAGUUCUUGCCCUAUUGAGGGCAUAUUCAGCUGCGAUCAGUGCAAUGCCAGAGAACAUUAGGUCCAAUAUAAAUGUUCAAUUGAUAUCCCUGGAGAGUAUCAUGGAAUUGGGGCGAGCCAGGGAGAGGAGAAAAAUUCAGGAUGAGAUGAGGGCACUUGCUCUUAAUGUAUUUCUUCAAGGCAGAAGACUUCUCAAUCACAACUCAACGGUCAAGAGUCUCACUGGAUUUGGCACAGCAGCAGCUGCUGAUCUCUUUCUCAAGAGCAAGGAUGAGAGAAAUAGGGCGCCCUAUCGUCUCUAUGCACCAGCUUAUGUACUGGCACCACUCAGGCCCAAAAGUGAAGCACCAGAGUCUUUUGGUAUUGCUGGGCCUGAAGAGUGCUCAGUUCUCUAUCUGAGCUAUUGUCUGUCCGAGGAUCAGUCGAGGCUGUUGGCUGUUGCCACUGAUGAUCGGGGAGAGAUAUUUGAGACUGCUGCAAUCAAUAUCGAUAUUCCCAAUAGAAAGAGGAGAAAGCGAGCAUCUGCCAGGAGAAUUGGACUUCAAAAACUCAUGGAUUUUAUUCUUGGGGUAAUGUCCCAGGGUGUACAGCCUUGGAGGCUUGUUGUGGGAAGGGUUGGGAGAAUUGGACAUGGCGAGCUCAAGGGCUGGAGCUGGUUACUCUCGAGGAAAUCGUUGCUCAAGGCUUCGAAACAUUUGAAGGAGAUUUGUGGCCAGUGCAGUCUUAUUUAUCCCUCAGUUGCACCCUGUGUUCUCAGUGCUUGUCUCGUUUCCCUCGAGCCAGACUCCACUCUCAGGCUUAUGGCUGAUCAAUUCACACCCGAUGACAGGUUCAGUCAACCCUCGGUCAACUGUCAAUUGUCAACACCUCAGGAUGUCACCUGCACGCAUAUUCUUGUCUUUCCAACAUCGGCGACUACUACAUCCUCCCAGACGGCAUUCCAGGAGCAGCACAUAAAUGGCCCGGAGCUGGGUGAUGACGAGUUAUUUUCAGCCCUCAAUGACGAUAUGCCCGAGGGUAUGGAGGGAAUGGGUGAUUUCAAUGAUAUUUUCAAUGUAUGGCCAGAGGCAACUGGUGGUGGUGGCCAGAGUCCUGGAGGCAGUCCUCACAGACCCGAGGGCUCCCCCAUGGGUGGAGACGGUGGAGGCUCAGGGAUGGGGAAUCACGAUGGCCCUGGCAGUCCCUUUCCCUGUAGCAAUACACCGAGGGCUGCCAUUGCCGAUCAAGCCGAGGAAGUGGGUACACUGCUACAACAACCACUGGCACUGGGCUAUCUUGUAUCAACAGCUCCCACUGGACGCAUGCCACCCUGGUUCUGGGCUGCCUGUCCUCACCUUGAGGGUGUGUGUCCUGCAUUUUUGAAAAAUGCCCUUCACCUGCACAGCCCAGCGAUACAACAGAAUAGUGAUGACCUAUUGCAACAGCAGAGCGCGUUAACAGCACAUCCCUUGGACUCCCAGUACACAACAGAUGUGUUGAGAUACGUUCUAGAGGGAUAUAAUGCCCUGUCCUGGUUAGCUGUUGACUCAAACACUAAGGAUCGUCUCUCUUGUUUACCAGUGCAUGUACAAGCGCUGAUGCAGCUAUACCACGCGUCAGCUGCCCUCGUCUGACCCAGACCAUCAAAAUUACUAGCGCAUAAUUACCAACCCCUCAAUCUCUCUCACGCAAUUAUUAUUAUUAUGUUUAAUAUUAGUAACACGUGGGGCUUAAACGAGAGCAUAAGACGAGUCACUUUCAUACGCCCUCAUGACCACUGUCUCUCUCUCAGUUUCAUCGAGAGUACAAUGUACAAUUUAUUAUUGUAGGGAUUUUUAUUUAAUUAUUAGGGGUGAACGGUGGAGAGGCAGCUAAUAGACAGCUAAUUAUCCGAUAAAAUGAUUUUUUUUUUGUUUUUUUUUUCUUCAUUUAUCCCUCGAUUGUCCAAUUUUUAGACUCUUCAUUUGGCUCAAGAGAGAAUGAAUAAUUAUGUGAAUUAAUGAGUGAUUAAAGAAUACCAUGUCUAGCAUAAUAGGGCAUAAUAAUUUUCUCCAGUAAAUCCAUUGCCUCUUCAAAUUUUUUAGAUAGUUGAAUUUAAUGAAUGAACAAAGAAAUAAUCAGAAUCUCUAGUAAGCAAAUAAUAAUAAUGGUUGCGUAAUAUCAAAAGGUAAAAAUAGUAAAGGAUAAAAAAUGGGAAAAAAAAAACGUCUUUUUAAUUGUAAAUUGACCUUUUUGUACAAAGCUUUUAAUUAUUACUAGCGACAAAGUAAUAUAACGAAUAUUACGUUGUUUUUUAAUUUUAUAUAGAUGAAUAUAAAUGAACGAAAUAAUUGAAGCACCAUAAGAAUUAUGGACAAGCGAGAAUAAUGAGGACGUGUGGGGCUUAAAACGUUAGAUGAAUGAUCGAUUAUUCAGCAAUCCCUCGUCUAUUAUUUUUUUCUUUUGUUAAUUAUUGGAUCAGAUAUUCAUGCAACAGCCACCCCUAUGUUUGCCUCGUACAAGCCCCAAGUGAAUGAAUUGAUAUUAAAAGGAAAAUCAGGUGACGACGUGACUCGAUCAAUUAUUUUAAAAAAUCUCUCAAUCGACCACCUGUUAUCAUGUUUUUUAGUGUCAUUGAGAGUUUUUCAUUCGCGUCAUAAAUGUAUAUUAAUUUUCACCAUUACUAUUUCUUUCUUGAUAGAGAUGAAAGAAAGAUAAUGGUUUUAUUCAAGUGAUGAGGUGAAUAGAUGACAUUCUAUUAUAAAUAACAGUUGUAAUGUAAAAUAUUUGUUUAAAAUGGAAAUACGUAAUUUAUCAUUGAAUUUAAUUGUCGAUCAGAGGUAAAUUAGGCAAUGAUGGGGACUAUUGGGAAACUAAAUUAUUUUGUUUAUUCCGAGGGACAAUUUUCAUUUUUUUUUAUUGGAAAAUCACUCAAUUGAUGAUUGAGUAAAAUAGAAUUGUCCCUUUUAAUCGAUCAAGGCGACAGAUGGACAUUUUUUUUAAAGAGAAAAA